GGUGAGUGCGGCGUUCUUUUUACAUUCAUUUAUGAACCGUGAUGAAUCCUGUGGUAGGAACAUGUCUGUCAGUAUGUUUCAGGUUGCUCCAACAAUGAAGGAGAGUUGGAUUAUCCUGCUAUUUAUUUCACAUGCAUGGAGCGGAGACUGGCGGGUGACCUUCAAGGACCAGUGUGCCUUGGAAGGGGCCUCAGUGCUCAUCGGGUGCGAGUAUGAUUACCCUCUCGGUCAUUUAGUCACUUCAGUUGCCUGGUAUAGAGGUCAGCAGAUGUCUGACCGGUGGAUCCUGUAUUCCCUGCCGACAUCGUCCACACAAGUUCACUUCCAAUAUGUGGGCAACUCACGGGGAAACUGCAGUCUGAGGAUCAAUAACUUAAAACGUGCUGAUGAGGGACAUUACUUCUUUAGUUUCAAGACCCUGUUGAACAGCUGGACCAGCAGGCGGCCACUCCAUUUGUCAGUGAAAGAACUGACAGCUGUUUUGGAGCCAAGCACGGUGACGGAGGGGCAAGAAGUCAGCCUGUCCUGUUGGAGCGGCUGUGCCACGCGGCUGCAGGUAGUCUGGUACCGCGAUGGAACACCGGUACCACGUCCGGUCUUCUCUGCAAGCAUAAAGGAUUCUGGGGGCUACUAUUGUGCUGUUCUCGGCCAAAAGAUCCAGUCGGCCUCUGUGGCUUUGAAUGUGCAAUAUGCGCCAAACGACGUUCUGUUGUCAAUGAAGCCCGCAGAAGACGUCAUCAACGCGAGCUCGGUGACUCUCGGCUGCAGCAGCCACGCCAACCCACCCGUCCCACAGAGUGGAUACAGCUUGUACAAGGACGAUCAGUUGAUAAGCUCUGGACGCGACCACAUCAUCUCUCCCCUUCAACCCCACCACAGUGGACUGUACCACUGUCAGGCCUCCAAUAACAUCAGCAGGAGAGGGGUCACGUAUGUCCGCUCUUCUGGGAUGAACCUGGAUGUGCAGUAUCUGCCAAGUGUUGCUGAGGGCAGCAGUGUCAACGUGACAUGCAGCAGCACAGCCAACCCUGCAAACCACAGCCACAUCUGGUAUAAGUGGACCAACUCCAGCUCCCUGCUCCAAAUGGGCAUAGGACAGGUGCUGUCUCUUCCCUCCAUGGAAACUUCCCACACUGGAAUGUACCUCUGCCAGGCCAGGAACCGUCUUGGCGUCGUCAGCUCCACCAAAGUGCUGCUGGCAAUGGAGGACGAUACUUCUGGUGGUCGGAGCCUCCAAGUCCGGGUGCUUGCUGGACUCGGGGUGUGUCUUUUUGGGACACUUGUGAUAGCUCUUCUUUUGCUAUGGAAUAAACAGAGGAGCAAGGCCGAAAAAAAGGUUCCGGCCCAACAUGUCAGCCCUGCAGCCGCUGAAGACAAUAUUUAUGCCAACGUCAGCUUGUCAACGCCGCACCCUCAUCCUCCACCACACAUAUACUCCAAGCAGCAGCACGCUAUUGAUGAACAUGACGAGGUUACUUACUCAACAGUCACCAUCAAAGCCAAACACCCACAAGAAUCAAGGUUCAAGAUGGAGCAGCAAGACGAAACAGUGAUAUAUUCCAAUGUGGCUAACUCCAGCUAAAUGAUAAGCUGCAGCAUCAUAAUUAUUAUAUUAUUAGGGUAUCUUUGUAAAGUUACAAGGUGUAGAAAAUGGAUGUGUAUAUA